UACUAGCAUAGGCUUUGACCCGAGUAGUUAUCUCUUCGGAUUCAGGGUCUAUGGUGCCCAAAGUCGAGAGUUCUUGUGGGAUCCUGGUUUCAUGGGUUUGUUCCACUUCCGAGUCUCUAUCCGCAUGGGUUUUGACGCAGUUUCCAAAAAAAAAGUGCUUUGACCGACUAACAGUGGCUACUCAAUUGAAUUGUAUUAGAAACCGUUCUCCAUUAUUAAACGAAAAGCUAUAUGAUUUCAAGAAUUAGACCGUCAUACCUCAUCAAUACCUGAUCCAUCAACAGAGCACAGACAGAGAUUUUGUGGCAAUUCCACCAAAUCCAUGACGGCUAUUAUGAGCUAGCAAGUCUAAUGCAGGGUCCAAUACAAGAAGUAGGAGCAACUAAUCCAGUUUUAUUAGUACAAACUUAUGAUACUAACUCCUCUAUCAUUCACUACAUAAAGCUUCACUAUAUCUGCUAGUCUUAUCAGAAGCUUUCACUCACAUUCAUCAAUAUCUCCUAUCAUAACCCAAGAAGCCUCUCUUCCUCAACUGAAAUGGGUGAUUCAACUACAAUUGAUGUUGAAUCCAAAGGAAAAGCCCCUGUUGUGAUUUCCAAACAAGAGAAGGUAGGAGGAAACAAGAAGGGGAUUGCCAUUCUGGACUUGCUUUUGAGGAUAUCUGCUAUGGUCUCUGCUCUGGCUGCUGCUGCUGCUAUGGGAACUAGUGAUGAAACUCUUCCUUUCUUCACCCAGUUCUUCCAGUUCCAAGCUAGCUAUGAUGAUAUACCCACUUUUGAGUUUUUUCUCAUUUCAAUGUCAUUAGUUGCAGGCUACCUUCUUCUUUCUCUUCCUUUUUCCAUAGUAACCAUCAUUCGCCCUCACGCAGCCGGACCGAGGAUCCUCCUCCUUAUUUUGGACACAAUGGCAGUAGUUCUAGCUACUGCUGCUGGCGGGGCGGCCGCUGCAAUAGUUUACUUGGCUCACAAUGGCAAUUCUAACACAAACUGGCUUGCCAUCUGCAACCAAUUUGGUGACUUCUGCCAGAAAGUUAGUGGUGCUGUGGUGGCGGCUUUCGUCGCUGUAGUUAUCUUGGUGUUCAUGAUUAUGCUCUCUGCGUUUGCGCUUCGAAGACAUUAAGGAAAAACAGAAGAAGAAGAUGAAGAUGAAGUGUUGAGAAAUACUGCUUGUUCUUAAGUAAUUGUUUGUAUGUAUACAUUAUUGGUUGUGUUUUAUGUUGGUAUGAGAGUGAAAGACAUGGUAUAUGUUACUUUUGUGUUGUGUGGGAAUUUUUGCAAUGGAAAAUCAGUAUCUUUUGUGUAA